AUGUUCCUCCAGGUUCCGACCAACUGUGAGGCGUUCCACGUUUUCGCUUUACCCUCAGCUAGUAUUCUAAUUUUCAUAUCCGGUUCUGGACGGCUGCAAAUAGCGCAACCUUGGAACGUUCAUAAUGAUGAUUCGGAAGCCUCCGGCACCACGGAAACAUCUGAGAAAGCAGAAAAGAAACUGCAUAAUUACGCCGGUUGUGUCAAUCGCAUGAUUGAUUUCGAUCAGGGUAUGGUCUUCUUUGUUUCUGCGGAUGUUUCCUUCGUCAUACAUCAAUCAUGUAAAUCGGUUGAUAAACAGGAUUGUAAACCGGUCUUGGCCUUCCGUGCCUAUACCAAUGUGGAAGGAAAGCCACUUCCAUAG